UUUUUACAGAUUUAGGUGUAAAAAAUGGUUCAGCGCCUGACCUACCGCCGUAGGUUAUCCUACAACACAGCUUCCAACAAGACCAGACUAUCCCGAACACCCGGGAACAGGAUUGUUUACCUUUACACCAAGAAAGUGGGGAAGGCACCAAAGUCAGCAUGUGGUAUAUGCCCAGGAAGGCUUCGUGGUGUUCGUGCUGUGCGUCCUAAAGUUCUUAUGAGGCUGUCGAAAACAAAGAAGCACGUGAGCAGAGCCUAUGGUGGCUCCAUGUGUGCUAAGUGUGUCCGUGACAGAAUCAAACGAGCUUUUCUUAUUGAGGAGCAGAAGAUUGUUGUGAAAGUGUUGAAGGCACAAGCACAGAGCCAGAAGUCAAAGUGAAUCUAUUUGUAGUUUCAGCCCAAUAAAUGAAAGCUCCACUUU